CAAAUCCGGAUCGUGCCUAAGGAUCCGACCUGAUGGUUGCCGGUGGCCACCCCUAAUUGUUGGUGCACCGAGAACGGGGAGCUUUCCACCGCCGCCUCCCAGCAUCUUGAGAUAGAAAGAAUGUCGAAUCUCGCACGGGCGGCGUGGAAUCAGGCGUGGAGGCUCGCCACGACGAUAGCCGGUGCGCCGAAGAAUGGAUCAUUCCGUGAUCCAUUGGUAAGUAAGCAUGGUUUUCCUUUUAUCAAUUACAAGAGGUUUUCCACUCUCGAGUCUCAAGCAAAUGAAGGUCUAAUUCCACCAGAGUUGUUAACUAGUCGAACUGUGUUAAUGCCGGACCGUGUUAUAGUUAUAGUUUCAAAUAUCAAUGCCAUACUUGUUCAGACAUCACCACUGUCACAACAAUAUUUGAUGCAUAUGAUAGUGUGCCUAAUUUAGUAAAAAAACAUGAUCAAGAGCAUGAUGUAGUUUUGUCUUUUCUUAGACAAUACCAUUAAGUUUUCUCACUGUAUGUGCAAAUCUCUCAUGUAUGAAUGAACCAUAAUAUCUACAAAUUUUACUUGUUGACUCUGAACUCACCACCUUAUGUCCAUCAACACAGUUAAGGAAGACUCACUCAGACUUUCAUUAUUAUUUAUUGGUGCACCUUUGUUUUUGGUUUGAUGUAUAAAGAGAUUUUUUUUUUCUAAAGAACUUCCUAUUGUCUAGGUCUGAAAGGUGACUGCAUUCUUAAAUACUUAUGGUCGUGUUCUUUGUGCUUUUCUUUUUCUUGCCUCCUUUGGCCAUAAAUAGAGCCAACUAUCUACUCAUGCAUUUAAACUUCAUUUAAGUAUUUAAUAUGCAUCAUUAUUGAGUUUCUAAAGUUAUCGCUCACCAUUACAUCUUUGGAGGUCAUUUUCCUAUAACAUCACUCCAUUACCUUAUUGCUUGCCUAGGGCAGGCUGUUAGCAUUAAUCAAUAUGGACUUACAAACAAUAAUCAGCGACAGAGGGGGGUGUCGGGGUGGGAGAAGAAUUUGAACAGAGGGCUGCUUUCCUGGAUGUGGGGCAACUUGGUGCUAGGGACGGUCAGGAAGUCGAGGAAGAUGGGGGAGCUGAGCCGGCUAGCGGGAGAGAAAUCGGGCCUAAGCUCAAUUAGGCUCGGGUCGGGCUUGAGCCUGUAUUUUUCUAAAAAAAUAGGGCCUAAACCUCGUCCAAAGUCCGAAAAAUAUGUUUUGUCCGGGCUCGGGCAAGGGUAUGACUUGGCCCGGCCCAUCCCAGUUCCAGCGCUAAUCAUUUGGGAGGCUUAAAUGAUGCUGUCAUGAUUAAUAUAUAUAUAUAUAUAUUUAUAGCAUCAAGUUUUAUGCUACUAGCAAUCGAGUUAGUGAACUUCAUGAUGUAGCAAUUAAGUCAACAAUCUUAAUAAAUUAUAUAAUUUAGUUAAUAAAUUAUACAAUUUAGUCAAUAAGCUUGAUAAAUCAUGUCAAAUCAGAAAAUUAUAUUGAUAGUGUUCAAAGUCAUUUGCUCUUUAGCAUCAUAUGACUGGACAUGAUUUUCAAAAUUGUUGACAUGGCAUCUUAAAAAUUAAGAUAAAUUAUACAAAUAUCCUCUCAAGUUUAGGCCAGUUAUACUUACAUCAAUUAUAUUUUA